UCCGUUAACCUUGCCAAGACGGUUUUCGUAAUAGUUUCAAGUUUGGCGACAAUGUCGAUGUUUCCAAACACUAUUAGAGCCCCUUUAGGCUCGGCCGUCUCAAGACUUUCGCACACGGUAACUAAAAGCAAUACAAGACCAUUAGCCAAGUUUCAAACGGCAAAUAUUCCAGUUAUAGGGAAGAGUUCUCCUGAAUUGCAGUCUUUCAAUGCAAGGGUUGCCGCUGUCAGUUGUCUGUCAAGAAGAGGUUACCACACGGACCUCCCAGAACCGGACUUCUCCAAAUACAGAACAAUAUCCUCCCAGAAGGCCAAUGUCCCGAGAGACACGAAUGAUACGACAAGAAAGAUCUUCUCCUAUACUUUAGUUGGAGGAGUGACAGCAGCCACUGCCUACAUGGGUAAGGAACUUGUACAGGACUUGGUGGGUUAUCUGGACAUUAAUGAUGCCGCCAGGGCCAUGGCAGUGACUGAAGUUAAGUUGACAGAUAUCCCCGUGGGAACAAGCAUACUCACAACUUGGAAGGGGAUGCCAUUAUUUGUCAGACACAGAACAGAGGAGGAGAUAAAAAUCGAGCAGUCUGUUGACCUCCUGUCCCUCCGUGACCCCCAGCACGACUCUGACCGGUCACUCAGACCCGAAUGGAUGGUGUUGAUUGGAGUCUGUACACACUUAGGGUGUAUCCCUCUCCAGGACCAAGGCGCACACCCUGGAGGAAUGUAUUGUCCCUGCCACGGCUCCCAUUACGACUCCUCUGGGCGUAUCAGAAAGGGACCAGCCCCCCUUAAUCUUACAGUUGCUCCACACAAAAUUAAAGGAGAUUAUCUAGUUGUUGGAUAAAGUUUAGUUGUCAAGGAUAAUGUUUUUCAAAAUGAACAGUUGGAUGAUGUUGUGUUAUACGUUAAAGAACAUGAUGAAUGAAUAGAAUGUCCUCAAAACGAUCCGAGGAGUGAUAUAUCUUGUUCUUAAAAUGCAUUAAAUUAUGUUUAUAAGUA